UCACGUCCCGGCGAUCGCCGGCGGCCAAGGGUAGUGACAAGAUGGAGGUGGAGAACCAGUGGGGCGGCCACGACUCCCGCGCGAAGGCCGACAACUUCGCCGCGUCCGUCCUCUCCUGGCUCUGCAACUCCAAGGGCCCACAUUAUUUCGAAGACUUGGCGGAUAUGAUGGAUGCCGAGAUAUCUGAAUUGUUCAAUGCCGACUUUCAGGAUAAUAGUAUUGAGGAGGUCGCUAAACAGUUACUGAUUAUGCAUGAAGAAUGCCUGCAAAGUAACUAUUCGUCUAUAGAGAAGUUAAGGAAUUCACAUGUUCAGGGGAAUGCUGUUUCCCAAAGUAGACAGAUAGCGGGCGACGAUGACGACAGUGAUAGCUUAGAUGAUGAUGAUGACGACGCGUCGAUGAUGGAUGAUGAAGCAGUUGCCACGCCAAGUUGAUGGCGGUGGACAGGCGAAGACCCUCCAAGCCACCCCAGAUGCCGAUGGCUGGACUGUUGUGCCUCCUAGGCGUGGUCGGGGCAAGAAUUGAGGAGCGUAAACGUGGUAGCUGCUGAGUUUGUUACCGAAGGUUUUCUGAGCGUUGAAGUCUGAGUAUUACUACUAUAAUAUGUAUUUCUCUGAAUCGUCAGGGAAGUUGAGUGUGCAGUAUGUUUUCCUGACACUAGCUUCAAGCUGCGCACUACGACUAGUCUUGUGAUUAGUAUGAUGUAGCUUGGGGCUGGACAUGGUAAAUAUAAAUCCAACCUAUGAUUGCUACGACUAAUUCAUAGUGCGUAGCUAUGAACA